ACCCGCUCCAGCAGCAGUUCGCCUGAGGAAUUAUCCAAAACAUUAAAGUUCCUUUCUUAAGCGUCAAACUUCUGGCAUGGUUUGAGAUUCCAGCUGCUCACAAGGAACUUGGAAUCGGUCUGGUCUCCCCGCCGCUGGGACAGCAGGAAUCAGGUUCCCCCGGCAGCACUGCGCUGACACAGAGCCAGACCCAGACCCAGACCCAGACAGGGAGAGGGACAGGGAGAGACCGGCACACAGAGAGAGAGAGAGCCGAGGCACCGGGAGCGCCGCUCCGCCGCAGCGGAACCAGCCGGGAAGGCGAGGGGUCCGGGGGAGUUACACUCUCCUGGGGUCGGUGGGGCAGGGUGUCAGGCUUGUGUCCCAGUGUGUGCCAGGGUGUCUGUCUGGGUUAGUGUGUGUCACUUGCCCAGGGUAUAGCUGUGUGUCUGUGUGUGUGUGUGUGUCUGUGUGUGUCUAUCAGUCUGUGUGCGUGUGUCUGUGUGUGUCUGAGUGUGUGUGUGUCUGUGUGAGUGUGUGUCAGUCUCUGUGUGUGUGUCAGUGUGUGUGUGAGUGUGUCAGUCUCUGUGUGUGUGUCAGUCUCUGUGUGUGUCAGUGUGUCUGAGUGUGUGCCUGUGUGUGUCAGUGUGUGUGUCAGUGUGAGUGUGUGUGUCAGUCUCUGUGUGUCUGAGUGUGUGCCUCAGUCUCUGUGUGUCUGAGUGUGUGCCUGAGUGUGUCAGUCUGUGUGUGUCAGUGUGUGUGUCAGUGUGUGUGUGUGUCAGUCUCUGUGUGUGUGAGUGUGUGCCUGAGUGUGUCAGUGUGAGUGUGUGUGUGAGCUGGGACUGUCUGACACCCCGCCGCCUGCCCGCACCCCCACCCCACCGCACCCCCCUCGCCUUGGAUUUGUUGUUGUUGUGUUGCUGUUGCCUGUUCUCGGAUCUCUGUGAGAGGAUCACCAUCCAAACUGGGAUCUAUGAGCGGAAAAGUGACAAGGGCCAAGGAAGAAAAGGAUGCCAGCAAAGUUCUGGAUGACGCUGCCUCUGACACACAGGAUUACUAUGUGUUGCAUCGAGACUCUAUCCAAUCCUCGGAUGUUAAGAAAAAAGAGUCCCCAUUUCGUGCUAAGUGUCACGAAAUUUUCUGCUGCCCUUUGAAGCAAGUGAACCACAAAGAGAACACAGACCUGGAAGAGCCUCAGCUUAAAGGUAUCGUAACAAAGUUAUACAGCAGGCAAGGAUACCACCUGCAGUUACAGCCAGAUGGCGUUAUCGAUGGGACAAAGGAAGAAGGCAGUAGUUACACUUUGUUCAACCUCAUACCAGUGGGCCUUCGGGUGGUCGCCAUUCAGGGCGUGAAAACAGGACUGUACUUGGCAAUGAAUAACGAAGGUUACCUUUACACAUCAGAACACUUCACACCGGAAUGCAGGUUCAAGGAAUCGGUAUUUGAAAACUACUAUGUGACCUACUCGUCCAUGUUGUAUAGACAGCAACAGUCUGGAAGGGGCUGGUACUUGGGACUUAACAAGGAGGGCGAAAUCAUGAAAGGAAACCACGUGAAGAAAAAUAAACCAGCAGCCCACUUCCUCCCCAAACCAUUAGAAGUUGCCCUUUACAGAGAGCCAUCGCUACACGAGUUGGCGGAGGUUCUGUCCCGUUCUGGAACACCCACCAAGAGUCGAAGUGCCUCUGCCGUGCUAAACGGGGGAAAGACGGUGAGUCAGACUGAGUCGACGUAGCUGCCUGGAGUCUCAACCCCUGUCCAGACAAACCACGAUACAGAUGCCGUCAACAUAUCACUAGCAGACAGUCUCUUUCUGUUAUAAAAUGAUUCAGGAAACAAGCUCCUACUGAGCUGGGUAAAGUCGCACUCCUAUCAGCCUCUUAGGUCCUUCUGAUUUUUCUGUCAGUGGAUAAAUUUUAGCCGAGAAAAUGCUUGUGCAUCUCACCAAACACUGGGACGGCCGAUGAAACAUCAUUUGUGGGAUGUGGUGCAAUGGAAGGAAUGCCAUUUUAUCCCGUCAUCAGAUCCGCCUCCGGGAAACGAAUCAAAACACAAUUCGCAAUUUGUUCACAAGCUGAAAACUAUUUAAAGCUCAGCAGUGAACACACAGGCUCACAGACACAGGCACACACACACACACACACACACACACACACACAAACUGACGCACAUAGUCACACACACGAGCAUGUGUGUGUGCACGCAGACACAGGCAUGCACAGACUAACACAAACAUAAACACAAACAGACACACACUAAAUGAAGCAGACCAUAUUUACUCCUUCCAGAGGAAUGUAGCCACCUUUGGGUUUUACUAAAGGAACGAGGAAUCAGUAAACCGUAAUUGCACCCCGUUCUUGGCUCAGUGCUGUUCAGUCCCACUUGAUACACUUGCACCCAGUUUAUUUUCUUUAGUCUGAUGAUAGUGUUUUGCUAUACUGCAGUUCUACAGCUUUUUUUAUACUCCAACCAACAGUGAUAGGAUUACUUUCAAAAACUAAUCAGGGUUGAGAAAACAAAAUAAAUGAACAGAAUGAAGUCAGUGUCUCAGGCAAAGUGGUUAAAAGUGUAACUUAGAGCAAUCUUGAUGACAAGGGUUUCUAGUUUGUAGUAACAAUAACCUUCUAGUGAAACUCUUAGAGUGCAGAAAUCCCAUCCAUUAGCAAAAUGCACCCUCGUGACUCGUUCUCACCUUAGGCAUUUGCACAUUGACCUUGUUGUGGUGGUUUUUACUCUUGAAUAAACUGUGGGGUUUUGGGUGACUUCAUUUUUAUAACAAUGUGGAAAGUCUUAUUUGUAAGAGUUUGCCAGCGCCUCUGUUCAUGUACUGCGCAAUGGUGGCGGUUAUUGUGACUGAACUUCCCUUUGGGCAGUUUAUCCUCCGCUGAUCCCAGUACACAGUACACAGAGGUUCUUACUAUUCUGUCAAUUAGUUUAGAUUUUUAUUUUAAUUUCUCUGUUGCAUGGGAGAAAGCUGGUAAUAAUGGAAUAGAGUUGCAUGAUGUAGGAUCUGUAUUUUAAACAUGUUGGAUAAUGUGCUCCAAACAUUACAUGGGUUAUCAAGUACAUGCAGUUUUCCUGCUUCUGUACUGGCCAGAUGUUUAUUAUUUGUUGUAUACACCAACAGA